AUGGAGCUGCCGCAGUUGCCGGAGCUGAUGGGCCUGUCGCUGUUGCUCGGACUGCUGGCCUUGAUGGCGACGGCGGCGAUAGCGCGGGGGUGGUGGCUGCGCGCGGAGGAGGAGACGAGCAGCCGAUCCGCCGGCCAGAAGGCAAAUGGACUUCCACUUGACAAGUCCUUGAGAUCCAAGAAGCAGAAACAGCAUCAGCGAGUUCGCAAGGAGAAGCCACAACAACACAACUUUACUCACCGCCUCCUGGCUGCAGCACUGAAGAGCCACAGUGGGAACAUAUCUUGCAUGGACUUUAGCAGCAAUGGCAAGUACCUGGCCACCUGUGCAGAUGAUCGCACCGUCCGCAUCUGGAGCACCAAGGACUUCCUGCAGCGGGAGCACCGCAGCAUGAGAGCCAACGUGGAGCUGGACCACGCCACCCUAGUGCGCUUCAGCCCUGACUGCAGAGCCUUCAUCGUCUGGCUGGCCAACGGAGACACCCUUCGUGUCUUCAAGAUGACCAAGCGAGAGGAUGGAGGCUAUACCUUCACGGCCACCCCAGAGGACUUUCCCAAAAAGCACAAGGCACCCGUCGUCAACAUCGGCAUUGCCGACACAGGGAAGUUCAUCAUGACUGCUUCCAGUAACACAACUAUCCUCAUCUGGAAUCUGAAAGGUCAUGUGCUGUCUACCAUCAACACUAACCAGAUGAACAACACCCAUGCUGCUAUAUCCCCUUGUAGCAGGUUUGUGGCCUCGUGUGGCUUCACCCCGGAUGUCAAAGUUUGGGAAGUCUGCUUUGGGAAAAAAGGGGACUUCCAGGAGGUUGUGCGAGCCUUUGAACUGAAGGGUCACUCGGCCGCCGUCCACUUCUUCGCUUUCUCCAAUGACUCCCGUAGGAUGGCCUCGGUCUCCAAGGACGGGACGUGGAAACUGUGGGACACAGAUGUGGAGUACAAGAAGCAGCAGGAUCCCUACUUGCUGAGGACAGGCUGCUUUGAAGAGGCGAGCACCAUGCCGUGCCGCCUGGCUCUCUCCCCUGACGCCCAGGUCUUGGCCUUGGCCAGUGGCAGCAGUAUUCAUCUCUACAACACCCGGCGGGGUGAGAAGGAGGAGUGCUUUGAGCAGGUCCAUGGGGAGUGUAUCACUGACUUGUCCUUUGACAUCACUGGCCGGCUUCUGGCCUCCUGUGGGGACCGGGCAGUGCGGCUUUUCCAUAACACCCCUGGCCAUCGGGCGGUGGUAGAAGAAAUGCAGGGCCUCCUGAAGCGGGCCUCCAACGAGAGCACCCGCCAGAGGCUGCAGCAGCAGCUGACCCAGGCCCAGGAGGCUCUGAGAAGCCUGGGUGCCUUGAAGAAAUGA